CCAGAUUAGGAAGACAUGAUUUCCUUUGGGUAAUUGGAAGAGUAUUUAACAUAAAUGAGUUGGGAUGCAUCAUGUUCAGUUUGGGGUUGGCCCUACCAAACUUUAUUGCAUACCCAUGUCAUGUUGCAGCUGAUUUCUCCCUCUUACACCAGGGACAAGUUCCAACCCAUGGAGAUAGUGAUGCUCUACUGUUUAGGGGGUCAGGCCUAAUUCAAUGUCACUCUCAAUUUUAAGAAGGGUAGAAAAGGUUCCAUGUACGAACAAAAAAAAAAAGUUUCCAUGCAAAGGGCUUGUUGCUCAAGUGGUUAAAAGUAUCUCCCCAUUCAUCUGAGGGUUCUAGGUUUCAUCAUCCCCUUUACCCAAUACGAAAAAGAGAAGGUUCACUAUAUGUUAUUAAUUUCUUUUUUCAUGAUAUGAUUAAUGAAGGAUUAUGUUACUUAUUACUGAUUGUUAUUUUUAUUGACUGGGACAAUGAGUGACACUGGGACGGUGGAUUGGCAUGCAAAUAUUUAGGCAUUACUAUCUUUCUCCUUAUUCUCUGGUUUGAAGCUGCGGUUUUAUUGUUUAUUAUGCUGGUGGCAAUUACAGUUGGCACAUUUGCGACGUCCACUUCAACUGGUGAAUAAAAUCAUUAUCCACACACUGUCUUCAAGUCAUUUGAGGAUAGAGAUAAUCAGAAGGUUUCGAAAUCUGUAGAUUGCUUAUGAAAAAUGCUACUACUCGCCCACGCACUGGUGGACCGUUGAUGAUCGGUGGACCAUUGAUGAUAGUGUCUUACAAUGCAUUAACGACUUACAAUCAUCACGCGUGAGCAGUUGUCUGUAACACAAAUCUUUGUUUAUAAUUGGGAAAUAAUUAUUUGAACGGAGAAUGGAUGUGAUAUCGUGCAAAAGCUUCCAAGACUUUCUGAUAUAAAAAGACAGAACAAUUCUCUAGAAAAUACAAAAGAAGAGACGACUCAUGUGAAGAAUCAUGUGAAGAAAAGACCAAGUUUAGAGAAAGGAGAGAUGAAAUCCAAGCUAGAGGGAAAUUCAACUCCCUAUACAAAUUUACACCUCACCAUUUCCAAACUCACCUCUCUCUCUCUCUCUCUCUCUCUCUCUCUCUCUCUCUCUCUCUCUCUCUCUCUCUCAUUUCUUCUGUUUUGCAUUGCUCUUUCGGUCUUUGUGCUCAUGGAAGUUAACACCACUGCUGAAAAACACCACACUCAUCAUAAAUACCACCUUUCACAUUCUCAACCCUAUAACCACCACCACCAUCACCAUAACCAUGGAAAUUUUCCUUCAAAAUAUACUCUCAUUAUCUUGUCCAUCAGCUCAGUUAUGCUUCUUGUUAUAUUCUUGAUCAUUUUAAUCCUUCGACGGCUCAAGUCCUUCAAAAGUUACAGUGGCAAAACUUACAGAGAGAAUAGCAUCAUCAGCAGCAACACAAGCAGCAGGUUCAUUGCUCAAACCUCAAUGCCCACCUUCAAUUCCAGCCCAGAUGUGAAGGGUGGGUGCCUAAACCUCCAAGGAGGGGAUUCUGGAAGGUCACUGCUUAAGACACCAGCAGAAAUACUCACUGCACCAAGCAGAUACAGAAGAGGAGGAGGAGGAGCAGUCCAAGUGUUUUCAUACAAGGAACUUGAGGUGGCCACUGAGAAGUUUAGUGAAGUAAAUGUGAUAGGGCAGGGUGUGUUUGGGGUUGUGUAUAGGGGGAUCCUCAGAGAUGGGACUGUGGCUGCAAUUAAGAUGCUGCAUAGAGAAGGAAGGCAAGGAGAGCGUGCUUUCAGGCUUGAGGUGGAUCUACUAAGCCGAUUGCAUUCUCCAUACUUGGUGGAGCUACUUGGCUAUUGUGCUGACCAACAUCAUAGGCUCCUAGUAUUUGAAUACAUGCCCAAUGGUACCCUACAACACCAUCUCCAUUCCACAAACAACCAUAAGCCGUUGGAUUGGGGGACCCGAUUGAGGAUAGCCCUUGAUUGUGCCAAGGCCCUUGAGUUCCUCCAUGAGCAUGGCAUCCCACCUGUCAUACACCGUGACUUCAAGUGCACCAGCAUUCUACUUGAUCAAAACUUUCGUGCCAAGGUGUCGGAUUUCGGAUUGGCCAAGACGGGUUCUGAGAAGAUCAACGGUCAGAUUUCGACACGGGUUCUGGGGACCACAGGAUAUUUGGCACCAGAGUAUGCCUCCACAGGACAGCUUACUACAAAAUCAGAUGUGUACAGCUAUGGUGCUGUUCUUUUAGAGCUGUUAACCGGGCGUGUGCCUGUUGAUACCAAGAGGCCUCCUGGAGAGCAUGUCCUUAUCUCAUGGGCUCUUCCAAGGUUAACUACCAGAGAAAAAAUAUUGGAAAUGGUUGACCCAUCUCUAAGAGGGCAAUACUCAAACAGGGAUCUAAUUCAGAUAGCUGCUAUUGCAGCAAUGUGCGUGCAGCCAGAAGCUGAAUACCGGCCUCUAAUGGCAGAUGUUGUACCGUCUCUAAUUCCUCUGGUUAAGAACUCUUGUUAUGUUGGUUCCUCUAGCACCUCUAGAUUUCAGAAUCAAAUAGCAAGUCCGAGGUAUUAGCUACGGGCUAUACGGAAGUCGGAACAUUUAGACCAACUAGUUAUUCGUCUAGUGGUAUAUCUUAUUUUAAACACUAGACGUAUUGAAGUGCCAUGGAUGAGUGAGUUACAAGUUUCAGUUCCAUCAAUAAUAUUUGAUGCAAACGCAUACAAAGUACUCUGGAUGGAUGUGAAGCACAUUAAGCAAAAUAUUAAUUAAGCCUCUUUCUUCUUCUGAGUUGAGACCUCAAAUUUCCAAUAAAUCCGCCAUCAUAUUAAUUUGUAGAUAAAUGAGUCAAAUUCCUAGUAUCAUGAUCUUGCAAAGGAGAUUCUGCAAGGAACAUUAGAA